GCAUAGUUGCACACAUUGGUGAUGUCAUCACGCGAUGUUUCCAAUGCUAUGGCGUACCAGGAAGGGGAGACGCUAGAAUCCUGGCUCAAUAAAGCCACCCAUCCAACAAACAGACAGGAGGAUUGGGAGUACAUCAUCGGUUUCUGUGACCAGAUCAAUAAGGAAUUGGAAGGUCCCCAGAUAGCUGUCAGGUUGCUGGUUCACAAAAUCCAAUCGCCGCAAGAAUGGGAGGCGCUUCAGGCUUUAACAGUAUUAGAGGCAUGUAUGAAGAACUGCGGGAGAAGGUUUCAUAAUGAAAUCGGGAAAUAUCGGUUUCUGAACGAGCUGAUCAAAGUUGUUUCUCCCAAGUACAUGGGAGACAGAGUACCAGAGAAGGUAAAGACAAAGAUCAUUGAGAUGCUGUACAGCUGGACAGUGGCUUUCCCCAACGAGGCCAAAAUCAACGAAGCAUACCAGACACUAAGGAGACAGGGUCUUGUAACUAUGGACCCUGAGCUCCCAGUGGACAAGACUCUGAUUCCUUCACCCCCCACACGUCCCAAGAACCCUGUGUUUGACAAUGAGGACAUGGGCAAGCUACUAGCAGAGCUUCUGAGGAGCAAAAACCCAGAGGACCUGCAGGAAGCCAACAGGCUCAUCAAGAACAUGGUGAAGGAGGACGAUGUCAGGGUUCAGAAAGUGACCAAACGCAUCCACACCCUGGAAGAGGUGGGCAUCAACGUCAAGCUGCUGAGUGAGAUGCUGUCCCACUACGACAAGGACAGGUCCUCCCAGUCAGACAGAGAGAUCAUCAAGGAACUAUACGACCGCUGUGACAAGUUGAGACGCGCUGCUUUCAAAAUGGCCACAGAGACUGAAGAUAACGACACAAGUUUAGGUGACAUCCUGCAGGCCAGCGAUGACCUCUCACGGGUCAUCAACUCCUACAAGAAGAUUGUCAAGGGACAGACGGUGAAUGGAGACAUCGAGGAUCCUAGAUCUGCAGCUGGUGAAGAGACCACAGGGAACAGUGACAACACAGAGACCUUGAUUGACCUGGCUGGCAUUGACGUUCCAAACUCCACCUCUCCUCCGCCUGCCCCUCUCCCGUUGGUCUCCGAUCACACUUCAGCCAAUCACCUGGGGUUCCCAAUCCCUGUCUUGCCUCCUCCUCCAAAAAGGUUGGCCGGGUUGCAUGCCAGUCAGAACAACAGCCCCAGCCACCCAGCCACCGACAAGGCCCUCAACGCUCUCUCUCUCCUUGACGAUGAGCUGCUGUCCUUAGGCCUGAACGAUCCAGUUCCUUCUCUGAACAGCCAAUCAAAACCAAAGCUGAAUGAAAUAGCGAAUCCGUGGACCUCCUUACAGGCUGCUGACCCCGGCCUUGACUUGUUUAGUGCUAUAGCAGGGCCAGGCCUAGUAUUUCCCCCAGUCCAGCCAGCGCCAGCCCCCGCCACGGCCCCCGCCACCCACAGCCUCCAGGACCUCCAAGACAUGGCCAUGCUGGACUUUGGAGAGCCAAAGAGUUUGCGUGUUGGCGGGGGAUUCGGGAUGGCAGCCUCUAUGGGGGCCGUAGUACCACCCUCCUUGGGGGCUAUGGUACCCCAGGUCCCCUUCUCCUCGACCUCCCUCCUCCCUGGCCCCAUGCCUGGCUCCCCUGCGGUGUCCCACACCAAAGCCCAGACGCUGAGCUCUGCCCCGGGCAGCCCCCUGUUCAGCUCCCUCUCCCCCUUCCACCACUCCUCCUUCCAGGGGGGCAGCCCAGCCAGGGGGCUAGGACCGGAGGCCUCCCUGGGCAACGUGCACGUCCCCCUGGAGGCCAUCAGACCCAGUAAAGGGCUCCCUGUAACAGCCUAUGAUAAGGACGGGGUGCGUGUGCUGUUGAACUUUGCCUCAGACUGUCCCCCUUGCAGACCAGACGUGCUGGUAUUAGUGGUGUCCAUGCUGAACACUGCACCACUGCCCGUUCAGAACGUGGUCCUUCAGGCCGCCGUUCCCAAGUCCAUGAAGGUGAAGCUGCAGCCUCCGUCAGGAACAGAGCUGCCUCCCUUUAACCCCAUCCUUCCCCCGGCCUCCAUCACACAGGUCAUGCUGCUGGCCAAUCCUCUGAAGGAGAAGGUCCGUCUGCGCUACAAGCUGGCGUUCACUCUCGGAAACAGGCAGUGCUCAGAGGUGGGCGAGGUGGACCAGUUCCCCCCGCCAGACAGAUGGGGUCACCUAUAGCCACCCUCAUACACCACAGA